ACGACACGGAGUUCGUGCGGUUCGACAGCGACGCCGCGAAUCCGAGGAUGGAGCCGCGGUCGCCGUGGAUGGAGCAGGAGAUGCCGGGGUAUUGGGACCGUGAGACGCGGAGGAACAAGGAAAAUGCACAGAUUUACAGAGUGAACCUGAAGACCCUGCGCGGCUACUACAACCAGAGCGAGGACGGGUCUCACACCAUCCAGAGGAUGUACGGCUGUGACCUGGGACCGGACGGGCGCCUCCUCCGCGGGUAUGAUCAGCACGCCUACGACGGCGCCGACUACCUCGCCCUGAACGAGGACCUGCGCUCCUGGACCGCGGCCGACACCGCGGCUCAGAUCUCCCGGCGCAAGUGGGAGGCGGACGGUUAUGCGGAGAGACAGAGGAACUACCUGGAGGGCCGGUGCGUGGAGUGGCUGCGCCGUUACCUGGAGAAGGGGAAGGAGACCCUGCUGCGCACAGACCCUCCAAAGACACACGUGACCCGCCACCCCAUCUCUGAGCAUGAGGUCACCCUGAGGUGCUGGGCCCUGGGCUUCUACCCUGCGGACAUCAGCCUGACCUGGCAGCGAGACGGGCAGGACCAGACCCAGGACAUGGAGUUUGUGGAGACCAGGCCCUCGGGGGACGGGACCUUCCAGAAGUGGGCGUCCCUGGGGGUGCCCCCUGGAGAGGAGCAGAGAUACACCUGUGUUGUGCAGCACGAGGGGCUGCUGGGGCCCCAGAGCCUGAGAUGGGAGCCUCCCUCUCAGACCCCCUUCAUCAUCAUGGGCGCUGUUGUUGGCCUGGUUGUCCUCGGAGCUGUGGUGGCUGGAGCUGUGGUGGCUGGAGCUGUGAUGUGGGCGAGGAGGCGCUCAGGUGGGGAAGGGGGGGUGUGAGUUUCGUGUCCCCCUGGGGUGUCAUCCCAGGGAGACGUGUGUCCUGCUUCAG